AUGGCGAAGGAAGAUGGAUUCAAGACACAGAAGCGUGUCUCAACCGUCGCCGUCUCCGGCGGUGUUCUUCCGACGACGAUGGCGAGUGGCGGAGGAAGAAGACCACAAUUACGUGGUAGACAGAUCAAGAAGACGUUCAAUAACGUGAAGAUGACGAUUCUAUGUGGUUUCGUCACAAUCCUCGUCCUCCGUGGAACAAUCGGAGUCAACUUCGGAACUUCCGACGCCGACGCCGUUAACCAGAACCUAAUCGAAGAGACUAACCGACUUCUAGGGGAGAUCCGAUCCGAUUCGGAUCCUACCGACACAAACGAACCACCUGAUUCGGAUCUCGAUCUCAAUAUGACUUACACACUCGGACCAAAGAUCACUAACUGGGACGAACAACGUAGAACAUGGUUAACACAAAACCCAGAGUUUCCGAGUUUCGUUGGCGGGAAAGCUAAGGUUUUGCUUCUUACAGGUUCGCCUCCUAAGCCUUGUGACAAUCCGAUUGGUGAUCAUUACCUAUUGAAAUCAGUCAAGAACAAGAUUGAUUACUGUAGGAUUCAUGGGAUUGAGAUUGUUUAUAACAUGGCUCAUUUAGACAAGGAGCUUGCUGGGUAUUGGGCAAAGUUACCAAUGCUUAGGAGAUUGAUGUUGUCUCAUCCUGAAAUCGAAUGGAUUUGGUGGAUGGAUAGUGAUGCUCUGUUUACUGACAUGGUGUUUGAGAUUCCCUUGUCGAGAUACGAGAAUCAUAACUUGGUUAUUCACGGAUAUCCGGAUUUGUUGUUCGAGCAAAAGUCGUGGAUCGCUUUGAAUACUGGUAGUUUCUUGUUUAGGAACUGUCAAUGGUCUUUGAAUUUGUUGGAUGCUUGGGCUCCAAUGGGACCAAAAGGACCGAUUCGGGAAGAAGCCGGGAAGAUUCUCACCGCAAAUCUCAAGGGAAGACCGGCGUUCGAAGCUGAUGAUCAGUCUGCGUUGAUCUAUUUGCUGCUUUCACAGAAGGAUAAGUGGAUGGAGAAAGUCUUUGUGGAGAACCAGUACUAUCUUCAUGGUUUUUGGGAAGGAUUAGUGGAUAAGUACGAGGAGAUGAUGGAGAAGUAUCAUCCGGGAUUGGGAGACGAAAGAUGGCCCUUUAUUACUCACUUUGUGGGAUGCAAACCUUGUGGGAGCUAUGCGGAUUACGCGGUUGAACGUUGCUUGAAGAGUAUGGAGAGAGCAUUUAACUUUGCGGAUAAUCAAGUGCUUAAGCUUUAUGGAUUUGGUCAUAGGGGAUUGUUAAGCCCUAAGAUCAAGAGGAUCAGGAAUGAGACAACAUUUCCAUUGAAAUUUGUAAACAGGUUUGAUAUUCGAAGAUCAACACCGCUCAAGAUUGAAGCGCAGAGCUAG